GCAAAGUUGGCUGGGGCGGCGGAGCCGCUUGGCUGAGUCGGGAUCGGCGGGGCGCGACCGGCACACGGACCGGACCGAGCCGAGCCGAGCCGAGCCGAGCCACGCCACCCUGCCGAACCGAACUGAGCCCAGCCGAACCAUCCCUGCCGAACCCAUCCCUACAGCAUCGAACAGAACCGAACGCAUCCCUCCGGCACGCAGCUGAUCGCUGAGGCACGGAACCAGACCCAUCCCUACCGCACCGAGGCUGUUCUUUCCGCACCCAGCCCAUCUGUACGGUACCGCACCGAGCCGUGCCUUGCGGUACCGCACCGCGUCCUACGGCACCGCACCGAACCCAUCCGUACACCAGCGCUCCUGCCCUGCGGCACCGCACCGCAUCCCAGGGUACCGCACCGAACCCGUGCCCUGCGGUUCUGCGCCGCAUCCCAGGCGCCGCACCGAAGCCGUGCCCUGCGGUACCGUACCGCAUCCCGGGGCACCGCACCGCGCCCUAAGGCACCGCACCCCCGGCCCCGCUCCGCUGCCCGCAGCACCGCGCCCGGCGGGACCAUGAUGUCGUGUGCCGAGCUGCUGGCCGUGUGCCUGCUGUCCGCAGAUCGCGGCCCCAAGCCCCGCCGCCAGCCGCUGCCCAUCUUCCACGACAUUUUCCGGCGAGCCGACAAGAACGAUGAUGGGAAGCUGUCAUUUGAGGAGUUCAAGAACUAUUUCUCCGAUGGCAUCCUGAGCUCGGAGGAGCUGUGGGAGUUGUUCAGUGGCAUUGACAGGCGUCACUCAGACAACGUGGACACGGAGAAGUUGUGUGAUUAUUUCUCAGCAUACCUGGGGGAAUACAGGAACGUUCUCUCUGCCCUGGAAACGCUCAACGCUGCAGUGCUGGCAGCCAUGGACAAAACCAAGCUGAGGUACGAGACAGCCUCCAAGAUGGAGCAGUUCCUGACGCGGUUCCUGCUGCGGGAAACCAUGCACCAGCUGCAGUCCCUGCAGGCGUCCCUCGAGUGCGCCGUGGACACCGUGGAGGAGCAGGCGGGGCGGGAGAGAAAGGAGAUCAAGAACUCGCAGACUUCGGUUGCCCUGAGGUCAGGGAGGCGCUGUGGGCGUAGGGGACAGAAGAACGUCUGUCUGUCCCCAACAGACCCCUACUCUGGGAUGCUGACAACAGGUGUUUGUGUCGAGGACAACAGCCAGUGGAUGGCUCAGAUCAACAGGCUCCAGCAGCUCAUCGAGAAGCUGGAGUGCAAGAGCCCCCGCCUGGAGCCUCUGAAGGAGGAAGCCAUGUGCAAGGGACAGGAUGCACACAUCCUGGUGGCCAAGAGGCAGAUCUCGGUGGCCACGAGCAGCAUCGAGCAGUUCCGGAGGGCGGUGCGCUCCUACACCGAGGGCACGGCCGGCCACAGCAGCUGCCUGCAUGUCUCUGCCUGCAAGCUGACUGACGAGCCCUGCUUCAUCCUGUACGAGUUCUGGCAGGACGUGACCUCGUGGAGAAGCCAUUUGCAGUCCAGCUGCAGCAAGACCUUCCAGCAGUCCAUCCUCAGCCUGCUGGAGUCCCCAGAGCUGCUGACCACCAUGCUGUUCCCAGCCUCCUGGUGGAUCAUGAACAACAACUGACCCGGGCCAGCGUCUCCAGGACCCCAUCAGCAUGCGGGAGGACGUGGGCACAGCCUCUGUCACCUCUGUCACCUCCCUGUCCCUCCAUUCCCUCCUGUGGCCAGCGGGGGCUGCCUGCCCUCGGCCCUGCCGGUGUUUUGCUCCUUUGCUCUUUUCAUGUUAAUUUAUUUAUUUCUCCUGCUCCCAA